UGACCGUGUUAUUACACCCAGUAGCCGCACGUCAUCUCUAUCUUACCCUGAGUUUAUACACACAGUGUGCACCUCCCCCAGCUUACGUCUCCUCCCUUUCACCUUUCACCCCGCCGCGUCUCCCCUGGAACUAGCGGCCUCUCCGGUUCCCCUUAACAGUCACCUUAAAUCCGGGGUCCCCAGAAAAACAACAACACACCAGCAAACAUGAAUUUUCUACGAGGGGUUAUGGGAGGCCAACAGACCCCCGGGGCACAGCCUUCCGGUGCCGAAACAAUUCAGAAGCUCUGUGACAGAGUGGCCUCAUCAACUCUACUUGAUGACCGCCGGGAUGCAGUGCGAGCCCUCAAAUCCUUAUCAAAGAAAUAUCGUUUGGAGGUGGGCACUCAGGCCAUGGACCAUCUUUUGAAUGUCUUACAAACUGAUCGUUCCGAUUCUGAAAUUAUUGGCUAUGCCCUGGACACGCUGUACAACAUUGUAUCUAAUGAAGCAGAGGAGACUGAAGAGAAUCAGCAAGUUCAGACAGAUGAUUUGGGUGUUCAGUUUACUGAAAUGUUCAUUAAACAGCAAGAAAAUGUCACACUUCUGCUGUCCAUAUUGGAGGAGUUUGAUUUUCAUGUGCGCUGGCCUGCGGUGAAACUGCUGACAACACUUUUAAAACAACAGGGACCUCAAGUACAGCAAAUUGUCUUAGUUAGCCCCAUGGGUGUUUCAAGGCUGAUGGAUUUACUGGAUGAUUCUAGAGAAGUGAUACGCAAUGAUGGUCUUUUGUUGCUUCAGCAGUUGACUAAAAGCAAUGCUGCUAUUCAGAAGAUUGUUGCUUUUGAGAAUGCUUUUGAGAGACUUCUUGAUAUAAUCACAGAAGAAGGAAACAGUGAUGGAGGCAUUGUUGUAGAGGAUUGCCUUUUAUUGCUUCAAAGCUUACUCAAGUAUAACAACUCCAAUCAAAACUUCUUUAAGGAAGGUUCUUACAUCCAGCGAAUGAAAACAUGGUUUGAGGUGGGAGAUGACAAUUCAGGAUGGUCUGCUCAGAAAGUGACAAAUCUCCAUUUAAUGCUGCAGCUGGUGAGAGUGCUUGUGUCUCCUGCCAAUCCUCCUGGUGCCACUAGCAGUUGUCAGAAGUCCAUGUCCCAGUGUGGUUUACUGCAGCAGCUUUGCACUAUCUUAAUGGCAACUGGGGUUCCUGCUGACAUUCUUACUGAGACAAUAAACACUGUAUCCGAAGUUAUUAGAGGCAACCAAAUUAACCAGGAUUAUUUUGCCUCUGUAAAUGCCCCAUCAAACCCACCAAGGCCUGCAAUUGUCGUAUUACUGAUAUCCAUGGUGAAUGAAAAACAGCCGUUUGUUUUAAGAUGUGCAGUGCUGUACUGCUUCCAAUGCUUCUUGUACAAGAACCAGAAAGGACAAGGGGAAAUUGUAGCAACACUACUUCCUUCAACUAUCGACGCAUCCUCAUUGUCUGCCGGGCAGCUUCUGUGUGGAGGCCUCUUUUCUACAGACUCUCUGUCCAAUUGGUGCGCGGCUGUUGCUUUAGCUCACUCAUUACUGGAGAACUCCACCCAAAAAGAACAACUACUUAGAGUGCAGCUUGCAACAAGUAUUGGCAACCCUCCAGUGUCCCUGUUGCAGCAGUGCACCAACAUCCUUUCACAGGGGGAUAAGAUCAACAGACGGGGAAGCAAGGUGCAGGCCCGGGUUGGACUUCUAAUGCUCCUUUGCACAUGGUUAACCAACUGCCCCAUUGCUGUCACACACUUUCUUCACAAUCCAGCAAAUGUCCCUUUUCUUACAGCACAGAUUUCCGAAAACCUUGGGGAAGAGGAGCAACUUGUUCAAGGCCUGUGCGCACUACUUCUGGGUAUCUGCAUUCACUACAAUGAUAACUCCCUUGAGAACAAUACCAAAGACAAAUUGAAGCAAUUAAUUGAGAAAAGGAUAGGCAAAGAAAACUUUACAGAGAAACUAGGUUUUAUUACCAAGCAUGAAUAUUAUUCAAAGGCUGCCCAGAAACCUCAACCAUCAUUUACAAGUCCAGAUCACAUGAUGUUUGACCAUGAGUUUACCAAGCUUAUUAAAGAGCUGGAGGUUGUUAUUAUCAAAACCAUCUACAAAUCAAGUGAAGAAGACAAGAAAGAGGAAGAAGAGAAAAAGUCUUUAGAACAGCACGAUAACAUCAUAUCCCACUACAAAAGUGUCAUAAGGGAACAGGACACACAAUUAGAAGAACUGAAACAAGUAGUGUCAACUUUACAAAUGAAAAAUGAACAAUUCCAAGCAACCGUUUCACAACAACUGGCUCAGAUUCAGCAGCACAAGGACCAAUACAAUGUUCUCAAAGUACAGCUAGGAAAAGACAGCCAGCACCAUAUUUCCCAUAACAAUGCACAGAUGAAUGGGUUCCAGGCUGAAGAGGUCAAUCGUUUAAAAGAAGAAAUCGAAGAAUUGAAAAAACAGCAAGGUGUUCUUCAAGAAGAGCUAUCUCAAAAGAAUGCGCUGAUUGAUAACUUGAAACACAGUCAAGUGGAUGGUCAGACAGAACAAGUGGCUGGUAUAUUUGAACAAGCUGCAUUAUCACAGAAGGAGCUGGAAACUCUUAGAUCCCAGUUACAUGUGCAAUCUAUGGAGAUCAACAGACUUCAAACAGAAAGAACAGAGCUUCUUCAAAAAAUAGAAGAUAAUGCACCAGCUGUUGCAUCAGGUGACCAUACAAUUCCAACAGCUUGCAAAAAUAAUGAAUUUGAAGAGAAAAUUGCAACUUUGAUGCAAGAGAUUGUAGGUUUGAAGGAAGAGCUGAAAACUGUGUCUGAGGAGAGAUCAUCACUACGGCAACAGCUAGAUUCUGCAAACAGUACAGCAGCCAUUUUACAAGAAGAAAAGGUCAAACUGGAGCAAGACCUCUCAGACUCUAAGAAAGAACAAGAUGACCUUCUGGUCCUUUUAGCUGAUCAAGAUCAGAAAAUAUCUGGUUUAAAGAGACAAUUAAAAGAACUUGGACAGACAAUUGAAGAUGAAGAUGAUGAUGAUGAUUUGGAUUGUGAAGAUGUCGGUGAUGAAGAUGAUGAAGAGGAUGAGGAGGAACACAAUGACCUUGGCAGUGAAGAAGAAAAUUAAAAACAUUCUUUGUUCUAAGAUUUAUUUUAAGUACAUUUAAUUAAAAAUAAAAACUGUACUGAUUUGUAACGUUGCAAUAGAGCAUUAGCUAAUCAAGGCUAUGAAGAAAUGUUUCAGCAGUGGAACUGUUUAGGUUUUAUAGCUAUUGCUAUGUUUAUGACAAAAACAAUGAAACACCAUAAAAAUAUUUUGGGCAGACGAUAAUCUCUGAUUUUAUUGUAUAUGUGCUUUGGGCUAUUGUAUAAAGUAUACUCUGGCAGCGUUACUCUUGCACCACAUUCUAAGUUGUGCUUUAAACUGCCUUUCCCAAUGCUAAACAUUGCUAUGCAAUGUUAAUUGUGUCUCUCCAAACAAAAAUAGACAACGUUUUGUUCUGUUGCCAGAUUACUAACUUGAUGCUUGUGAAAUGUAUAUACCAAGAUGAAUCCAUUCUUCUGCAACUCAGUAAAACAGUAGACCAUCCUAAUAUAAUCUAGUGAAAACCUUUGCUUUCACCAAACAUUGUGUCCUGAAUUGAGAUUGAGGGCAAUACAUAGACAGCCUGACUACUUUUUGUUGGUCCAAAAUGACUGUAGUAUGGUUAGUGCCUUCACACUGAAACCGCUGCAUUCCACAUCCGUUUGCUGGAGGAGACAUCCUUGUUUUUUUGUCAAGUUAAUUUUCCUUUUUUUUUUUUUUCUUUUUUUUUUUUUUAAUAAAUAUGCCAUGAUUAUUUUAAAAAGAGGGUAUGGCAGAAUAUACCAUCACAACCCUUUUGAAAUGUUUUUCAGAUGUUUUAUAUUAACCAUUGGCAUUCAACUGGACUGUUGUAUUCUUGGAAACAAAACUAAUAUAAUUUAUCGGCCUUAAUCAGGCCAAACAGAAUUAAAUAUCUAAUAACAUUUUAAGAGAGAUAUGUAUGAAUUACAUUAAUUUCAUGUUUUACAAAUAAAAUAGUUAAUGCAAUUGCUUAUUAAUGAUUUAA